AUGAAGGCACGGGGAGGUUAUGUAUUGAUGCUAGAUGCCUCCCCCAGAAGGGCAGAGCCUCCGAGAUGGCUAUGUAUUACUACGCCUGCAGGCUCUCUGCCGCCUGUGGGGCACGCCAAGGAUCCCCACCGCCCCUGCAGCAGUUGGGGACUGUGUCUACCAUCUCCCAUCAGCCCGGGCCCUCGUCCGAUUCCGCUCCAGCGCACAAGGCCAGAUCAAGCAGUAGCUGCAAAAGAACAUUGCAGAGUUCGUCUCUGCCUCGGAUUGACCCUCAGGAAGCCCUCAUCUCAACCCACUAGAUUAUCGGCUUUGGUCCGAACUGGAGAGGAUGGCAUGCCACAGAGAACACCAUAA